AUGUCAGUUGCACCUGCUGGGCAAGAAGCACACGGACAGGCAGACCAAUUCGUCAAGGGACACCUCACCCGUGCAGACCUGGACCCUUCGUCGCCCGUCCGCCAGUUUCACAGCUGGUUCGGGGCAGCGCAGCAGGCCGGGUCGGGCGUCGCCCACCCAGAGACGUGCACGCUGUCGACGGCGUCGCUGCCGUCGGGCCGUGUGAGCGCCCGCAUGGUGUACCUCAAGGAGCUCGACGACAAGGGCUUUGUGGUGUACAGCAACUUUGGCACGAGCCGCAAGGCCGCCGACCUGGCCACGAACCCCUGGGCCAGCCUGACGUUUUGGUGGGAGAGCCUGGAGCGCCAGGUCCGGGUCGAGGGCAGAGCGAGUAGGCUCAGUGCCGAGGAGAGCCAAAAUUAUUAUGACACCAGAGUGCGGGGGAGCCGCAUCGGUGCCUGGGCCAGUCGGCAGAGUCAGGUGCUAAAGCCGGCAGCUGCAGAAGGAGACGACGGACGGAAGGAGCUCGAGGGCUGGGUCGCGGAGACGGAAGAGAAGUUUCGUGAUCAGGAGAAGAUCCCGGUCCCCGAGUUCUGGGGUGGUUUGAGGAUCGUGCCCGAAUCGAUAGAAUUUUGGCAGGGCCGAGAGAGUCGCUUGCACGACAGAUUUGUGUAUGAAAGAAAGGAAGAUGGCAAGGAUGAGUGGUCUCUUGAAAGGUUGAGUCCAUAG